UGAAAUGUAAAAAUUUAUGCUCUUCCUUCCUGUGGUUUCCGUUAACGCGUGUACUAAGACGAGUUGCGCAAUAUUUUCAUGUUUCCCGGUUCUUGUGUGUAAACCUCGUGUGUGAAAUCUUUGAUUAUCGGCAAAUUUCUACUGCAAAUUCAAAAUGGGUGAGAAGAAAAAGUCAAGAAAAGAUAAAGAAGUUAAGGAUGAAGGGAAAGAGAUCCGAAAAUCUAAAGAAAAGGUAGAAAAGAAGACCAAGAAACGUAAGCUGAAAGAGAGUGCAGAAGAACAACCUGAAGUUUCCAAGAAGAAAAAGAAGACAGCAAAAGAUGAAAGUGAAUUUGAUGAAGGGGUUGAGCCAAGUGUAGCCCAAAGAGAGGGGGAUUUCUCCAAAUUCAGGAUAUCCCAAAAAACCAUCGAUAACCUAGAAGAUAGAGGAAUCACAUAUCUCUUCCCAAUCCAAGCAAGCACAUUCAACUAUAUCUUUGAUGGAGAAGACGUCAUUGGACAAGCAAGGACGGGAACAGGAAAAACACUAUCAUUUGCUUUACCACUUGUGGAGAAACUUCAGGACGGAAAACUUAGCCAGAAAAGAGGCAGAGCCCCAAAGGUACUUGUCAUGGCACCAACACGAGAACUGGCCAAGCAAGUAGGCAAUGAAUUUGAAAACCUCAAGUCUAACUUGGAAGUGUACUGCAUCUAUGGUGGAAUGCCUUACGAACCACAAGAAAAUGCUAUCAAUUCUGGUCUGGAUGUCCUUGUUGGUACACCUGGCAGAAUCCUGGACUUCAUGAGACAAGGAACUUUAGAUCUUUCCAAGCUCAAACAUGUCGUCCUUGAUGAGGUGGACCGAAUGUUAGACAUGGGGUUUGCAGAGUCAGUUGAAGAAGUUCUGGCAGCGUCAUACGCUGAGGACCGUGAGGACAAACCACAGACCCUGCUUUUCUCCGCCACACUCCCACCCUGGGCCGUCAACACAGCCAAGAAGUACAUGAAAAAAGACAGGAAACUAGUGGACCUUAUAGGGCAUGACAAGCUCAAAACUUCUACCUCUGUGCAGCACAUGGCUAUUAAGUGUCAUUAUACUUCCAGAGCAUCAACAAUUGGAGACAUAGUACAGGUGUAUUGCGGGGCUCAUGGACGCACAAUGAUUUUCGCACAAACCAAGAAAGAGGCGAAUGAGCUCGCUCUAAACUCUGUUCUGAAGCAGGAAACCCAAGUGCUCCACGGGGACAUUCCCCAGAAGCAACGUGAAGUGACACUCAAGAGUUUUCGUGAGGGGAAGUUUCGCUGUCUUGUUGCGACAGACGUGGCUGCACGUGGACUGGACAUACCAGAAAUCGAUCUUGUUGUACAGUGUGAGCCCCCAAAGGACGUAGAUGCGUAUAUUCAUCGUUCUGGAAGGACAGGCCGCGCUGGACGGGAGGGAAUAUGUAUUGUGUUCUACAAACCGCAACAAGAAGGUUUACUUCAACCCGUGGAGCGAAAAGCGGGUAUCAAAUUUAAACGAAUUGGUGCACCACAGCCAGUUGACAUUAUCAAAGCUUCAGCCGAGGACGCUAAGAGGUUUCUGGAGCAGAUCCCGUCUGACGUACUGGAUUAUUUCCGAGACGCAGCCGAGAAGCUCAUCGAAGACAAGGGCGCCAUUGACGCAGUGGCAGCCGCGCUCGCACAGAUUUCUGGGACGACUGAGAUCAAGUCCCGCUCUCUUCUGACGUCACAAGAGGGUUACACAACCUACAUCCUACGCUGUGCUGACACGGAGUUGCGAGGGACUGGGUACAUGUGGCGCGUAAUCGAGAAUAACCUGCCCCCCGAGGUGAAACCGGAAGUGCGCGGAAUGAGACUCAUCAGUGACAGGAUGGGCGUGGUGUUUGAUGUUCCAAGGAAGCUCGAUAAUCUUAUCAAGGAAUCCUGGACGGACCGCCGUGGGGUCACACUAGAGCGCGCCCGAGAACUGCCCGAACUAGUGGACUCUGGGCAAUCAGCUCGCCCGAACAGCUUCGACCAACGGUCGGGCUGGAAUCGGGGCGGAGUGGGCUCGUGGGGCAAUAAUAAUAACCGCCAGUCUUGGGGCGGCCGAAACCAAGGCGGCAGUGGUGGAUACAAUCGAUUUAACUCGGACAAUUCUCAGAGCUCUUUCGGGGGUAAUCGGGGCUUCGGUGGAGGCUUCAAGAAUGGACGAUUAAACUCGGACAGUCCUCGGAACUCACCCGGAGGAUACGCAAACAAAAGCGACAACAAAUCUAACGGAUUUAGAUCUCGAUACCAGUGAAUAAAGUGAAAUAUAGGCAAUUGUACGAUGGCCCUAUUAACUAGGAACAGCAGAGAGAGCAUGUAUCCGGUCAUGUUUAAAAUAUCCCUUUCAAACUCGUAUUCGUCCUCGUCGACAAAUCUAACAAGCGCCGUAAUUUUCUUAAGGGAGGGGGAGAGUCAGUCAGAUAUUUUACUACAAAAAAAGGAUUUGGCGCUUCAUUGAAGAGAAAAGACUGUGUAUUUGUCUUGCCCAUCCCUGGCCACGCUUCUGCCUAAACGUCUUUUAGCAAUUCACCUGCCCACAUCUUGCCACAACUCUUUGCAGCGCGCGCGUGAAACCGAGGUCAGGUGUCAAAAACAAGAUGGCAAAGUUUGUUUUUAUCCUCGGUUUCACCCGCGCGACGCAAAGAGUUGUGGGAAGAUGUGGGGAAAGUGAAUGACGAGGAAUAGCGGCGGGGGUAAAAUGCAUUGCAGUGCUCAAAAUAUUUUACACCUUCCAUAAGGGUUGUGUCUAGUGCUAUGCAUGCUUAUAAAUCAAGGAUCUAAGAUUGACCUGUGUGGCUUUUAUUUUAUGGUAUUUGAAUAGCUGUUUUACUCUUAUGCUCCUCAAUAUCCAUUUCAUCAGCAUAAUUAUAUGUAUAUACAGUAGUUUUAGGUCUCAUCAGUACUUUUGAAGCUCCCUUUACCUACUAAAUUGUACCCCCAUUUUCAUUAUAUCAUUGUGCUCUAUGUUCCGCAAAUGCAGGCCCGCUAGAACAUGAAAAUACAUAAAAAAUUAUAUGUCAAUAUAUGUCAUCGACGGAGUCAGAAAAAAAGGCAAGUUAGAAGUAUCUUGUCGUAACUAUCUUUUUUUGUUGUAAGCUAAUAUUUAAUUGAAUUCCACUUGUUUUUUUUUUCUAGAAUUCCAGUAUCCCGGUCGCUAAAACUCGCUUAAUCCCGCAUACAUUUAUCAUUAUAAUGAGUUAUUGUGAUAGAAGUAUAGUCUUUCCACAUAAAUGCAAAAAAAUACAGAGGGUUGCCACCAUAGCAAAGAUACAUUUUUUGGUCACUGUGCCAUCUUCGGGGCCGCACCCAGAGCACCUUUGUGCAACAUGGGCCCCAUGAUUCCGAGGUGGGUGUGGCCCCUUUAGAUGUUGAGUCUGCCAACACCACACUUGAAUAAAAUGCCUAACAUUGAA